CUUCCGGACGGAGGCGGAAGAGCCGCUCGGGUCUACGCUCGGGAGUUCCCGGAGCGCUGAGGGGCCGGCGGGCGACCGGAGUGGGCGGGCGGUGCGUCUGGGAGCGUCAGGACCGCGGGCUGAGGGAUGCCGAGGGGCCAUGGCCAGCGACGGGGCCAGGAAGCAGUUCUGGAAGCGCAGCACCAGCAAGGUCCCGGGCAGUAUCCAGCAUGUAUAUGGAGCCCAGCACCCGCCUUUUGAUCCACUAUUACAUGGCACCUUACUCAGGUCCACACCCAAGGUGCCGACCACCCCCGUGAAGACAAAGAAGGUCAGCACCUUCCAGGAGUUUGAGAGCAACACCAGUGAUGCCUGGGAUGCUGGUGAAGAUGACGACGAGCUCCUGGCUAUGGCAGCCGAGAGCCUCAACUCUGAGGUGGUCAUGGAGACAGCCCACCGUGUCCUGCGCAACCACAGCCAGAGGCAGAGCCAGCCCUCACGGCAGGAGGUGCCAGCGCCUGAGCCAGAGCCAGAGCCUGUGGCAGAACCUCUUGUAGCCAUGAGUGGUGACCUCCGCCUGGUGAAGUCCAUCAGUGAGAGUCACACAUCCUGUCCUUCAGAAAGUGCUGGUGAUGCAGUCCCUCUGCAGAGGUCCCAGUCUCUCCCCCACUCGGCCGCUGUCACACCGAGUGGGACGUCUGACCCACAUGCCCUCAGCAGCUCAGCACUGAGUAAGAGAGAGGCCUCCCGGCUGGACAAGUUCAAUAAGCUGCUUGCCGGCCCCAACACAGACCUCGGUGAGUUCCU